GCCAAACUGUUCGAGUUGCGUUUUCGGCUAAAGUUGCCACUCUUAGUUUGUUAUUCAUUUCAAUUCGUCAAUAUGACGCAGUAACUAAAUUUGCGAGUGAAUAUUUAAAUUGAUAUCCUUAUACUAAAGGUAUUUUGAUACCCAAACCUACACCCGAUUGUCCAGCAGCAACUAUAAUUACAAUAAUUGCCCUAUUCGCAUGACGUAGUCCGGCUAAAAAGUGAAACCGCAAACCAAACGUUGGCUGACGAGUCGUGACAUCAAGCGAUAAAAAUCUGUGAGAAGUGCCUGUAGCGCUCUUGCCACUGAUGUCAGGAUGUUGCUGCGCUGCUCACAUCAUCAGUUCAGUCGGGCAUUGUGCCGGCAGUGGAGACAUCUACAUAGCUUGAAUGGAGUCGGAUUCGGUGCCCUGCAAAUCAACAAGUGUGCUCCACUACGGUUGCAGGCCCGCAGUCGUCUUGGGGGAGGGGAACUAGCUGGCAAUUACAAAUGGUUGUGGAUAAUGCCACGUCGUUGGAGUGCAAGUGAUGGGAAGGACACCAAGGACCCGGCAUCACAGGUUACGGUGGAAAAAGUUGGCCAAGCUAAAAGGGAUGACACCGGUGGCACUCAGACGAAAUUCGAAGUGAAAACGCCUAAAGGCAUUCUAUCCAUCACAACCACUAUCGAGGACUCGAAGAUCAAUGAAAUUGUAUUCGAAAAAACCGAUCUGUCACCACUAGCCAAGUUAAAUGAGCCGGCUUUAAAUAUCAUUGCUACGGAUACCAUUGCAACGGUAUCUAAUCCACCGCCCGUAUCCGCAGCGUCCGUGCUCCCGACAUCGCGGACGGAGAACAUUGAAAUAGAGGCCACGAUACCUCCCGUGGCAGCGGCACCAAAGCGACCUCGCUUCGAUUAUCGAAUCUCGCUCGAGCGUAAUUUUGUUACACCCGCCCGGGCCAUUUCCGAUUUCAUGCUAUCAGCCUCGGAUCUAGAGAAGUUGCCCAAGAUUAAACGCCGAUCGCCCUACGAGCAAGAGCCACCUAUGACCGUUUACUGGCGGCGAGAUGUUGAGGCAAAAGCCUUGGAAGUCUGGGGUUCACGGGAGAGCAUUGUGCGAGAGCGACUGAAACGGGAAUUGGAACGCAAACAGUACCAGCAAAAUGUGUUUACGGUAAAGCGCCGCUUGCGUGACUACAGAAGGGAGAUGGGCUCGCGCACCAAAGUGAUGCUGGAAAAUAGCAAGGAUGCUGAAAAGUCUGGUCAAGUGGUUGCCACCGCAAUUGCCAUCAAUGCUGCUAAUCUUCUGUUUAAAGCAGGGGGUUGGUUAUACAGUGGCUCUCACAGCAUGUUUGCCGAGGUCAUACACUCGCUGGCGGAUCUAAUCAAUCAGCUAAUCCUGGCCUUUGGCAUUUACAAGUCAUCACAGGUGCCGGACACGGAUCAUCCGUAUGGCUACAUGAAUAUGCGCUAUGUAUCUUCUCUUAUCUCUGGUGUUGGUAUCUUCUGCGUUGGCAGCGGAUUAUCCAUUUACCACGGCAUCGAAGGCAUCAUUCAUCCGCAGCCGAUUGCUGAUCUCUUCUGGGUCUACUGCAUAUUAGCAGGCUCGUUAGUUUCCGAAGGCGCCACUCUUGUAGUAGCCAUUAAUGAAUUAAAACGAUCAGCUCGUGUCAAUAAUAUGAGCUUUAAGGAUUACGUUAUUAGCGGUAAGGAUCCUUGCGUAAAUGUGGUGCUCUGCGAGGAUGCUGCAGCUGUUGCUGGCGUCAUGAUAGCUGGUACUUGCAUGGGACUGAGUAGCUAUACUGGAUCACCGCUCUUCGAUGCUGCCGGUUCGCUGGUCAUUGGAGCUCUAUUGGGUGCUGUCGCAUCGUUUAUUAUUUACACAAACGCCAAUGCGCUAGUUGGAGUUUCCAUAUCCAUGGAGCGCCUGGAAAAAAUCAAUACUGCGCUUGAGGCUGAUGUCAUGAUUCGUGCUAUUUACGAUGUAAAGGGCAUUGACAUUGGUAAUGGACGUGUGCGCUAUAAGGCUGAGUUGGACUUUGAUGGAAGAGAAUUGACGCGUUCUUAUUUAGACAAACAAGAUCUUAACAAACUGCUAACGACUGUACGAGGCUUUCGUAAUGUAGAUGAUCUCGAGAGCUUUUUGUUGGAUCAAGGAGAAAACAUUGUUGACCUCAUGGGCGGUGAAAUUGAUCGCAUCGAAAUGAAUCUGCGCACACAAUUCCCAGAAAUUCGUCAUGUCGAUCUUGAAAUACUCUAAAGCAUUUGUGGCUGGCUUUGUAAAUUAGUUGGCGCAAUCAAAAUUACCCGUGUAGAUUCUAUUUAUUCCGAUAGUCGUUAUAGUUUUCAACAAUAAAUUGCAGCUGUUUUUUGGGGGUUGAUACUUAAUUAAGCUUAAAUGUGUAGUCGUUGAAUAGGAUAACAUUAGAUUGGCGCUCACUUUUUUGAUUAUUGUUUUUUUUCUACUUGUCAAUGUAAACGAAAUUCUUGUUAAUAACUGGGUAUUGAAAAUUGUAUCAUAAUGUGAUCGAGAUCUUCUAACUCUUGUUGGCAUAAGGCAAUGAAUCAAUCACUUGCCUUGGGCUAAUUUGCGUCAGAAGAUUUUGAAGAGUGAAGAGAACAAUCGAAAAUAGCAGCUUUGUAUUACUGUAAACAAUAAAAAUUAACACUG